CACCACCAUUCACACGAGACUCAUAGCCUGCGGUACUUGCACGGGGAUUGAAUUCAUCUCUUGCCGUCGACCUUGUUGUUGAGAUUCUCCUCGUCUCAAUGGUAGAGACUUGCUGAACCGCCAGCCCAGAACAAAACCCAUCUCGCGGCGCACCACCUGUCUCGGUGCCCAUUCAUCAUCACGCCUCUACUCGGUUCUUCGUUCUCUCACGUUCACACGCUCUCACUCUCCAAAGGAACCUGGAUUCUUGAAGUCUCCACUUCAUCCCAUUUCGCCUCGUCGUCAUGGUCGUCCAGACGCGCAAGCGAAAGGCCGCCCAGGAGCAGGCCGCCGCCGCCGCCGGCAGCAGCACCAGCAACAGCACCAGCAACGCCACGGCCAGCAAAAAGCAGAAGCUGCCCGUACGGUCAAAGGAAGGGGAAGCAGUAGAAGAAGUAGCAGGCAAUGGCGCGAAGCGACCCGUCAAGGCAGCUGGAAAGGCGGCAAAGGCCAAAAAGAGCAACAUCGUCACGUUUGACGACGACGGCAACGCAGAUGGCGAGCUGGUAGUCCCCUCCGCGGCGAAGGCCCAGGAGGAGGAGAGGAAAAUGAAAGCACAGGAAAAGAAGGAGGAAGAGGAGGAGGAGGACAGCGAUGAAGAUGCCGCUCCCGAGGCAGUGUCUACGGUAAAGGCAGCGUCCGAGAGUAAGAAGUCGGCACAGGCGGCGCAAAAGGCAGCGCGCGAGCAAGCAGCAGCCGAGAGAAAGAAGCGUCAGGAGCGCGACGCCCUCCUGAAGAAGCAGGCCGAGGAGCGCAAGCAAGCCGAAAAGGAGGCCAAAGCUGCCGCCGCCGCCGCCGCCGCGCCUCCGCAAGACGGAGGCGAUGGCCCUGACUCCAUGUCCGACUCCGGCAAGCCGGCCGCCGUCAAGGCAGCGGCCGGGGCCAGGAGACGAGGCGAGAAGAUGGCGAUCCCGGACGUGCUCCCCGACGAGUUCCUGACGGAGUCAUCCGACGACGGCGAUGACGGCGACGAAGACGGCAGCAGCAGCAGCAGGCACAGGAAGCCGGCGGCGAGAAACGUCGCGGCCGUAGAGAGGCGGCUUGCGCGGCAGGAUAGGGGCCCGAGGGACGAGCAGCUUGGGUCGACCGUCUUCCGCGUGAGCAGGGCCGAGGACGCGCGCAUGGCGCCCAAGGCCAAGGCCUACUCCAAGAGCACCAAGGAAUUGCUGCUCAAGAGGAACAGGACGCCGGUGAAGCCCCGGGGUGGGUUUCUCACCGCCAAGAAGUGAAGGCGACGGUCCUGAUUGUUUGCUUGCUUGCCUGGCUGGCUGUCUGGCUGUUUGUUUGUUUGUUUGUUUGUUUGUUUGUUUGUUACGCCAGGG